AUGCGGCCCAUACUGCCAAGUCGCAUGCUAUGGAGAUCUUUGAACUCUCUUCCGUUUCGAAACAGAUACCGGUUACGACGAUGCUACGCUGUGACGGUUUCAAGAACCUACGAUGUAAAGCCUGCUCCUUCUCCCAAACGACCCCAGACCCUUGCUGAUAUCUCAAAGGAGGCUAUAAAUCUCCUUAAUACCCUUCAGACACCACAUGAAAUCCUCCAAAAGCGAUGGGAUGCCAAUAUUAGAAUUGACGAGGGAUCUAAUCACGAGAUUAGAAAAUGCCUCGCCCGGAUCGGAUACUCGCAACGUGACUUGGAAAGCUUAAACAUCGUUCACGUCGCUGGUACGAAAGGCAAAGGCUCAACAUGCGCAUACGUCGAUUCGAUGCUCUCGCACUAUCGUAAGUCACAUGAUAUACCCAAAAACAUCGGCCUCUUCACCUCACCGCAUCUCAUCGCCGUUCGCGAGCGGAUCCGUAUCAAUUCUGCUCCGAUAUCAGCGGAAAUCUUCACCAAAUACUUUUUCGAAGUCUGGGAUAGGCUUGAAGCCGCAGCUAUCAAGUCUGAUGCCCCCUUCGAGAAGCCGGUCUAUUUCCGAUACCUGAAUCUCAUGAGUUACCACGUGUUCCUGCAAGAGAAUGUAGAUGUUGCUAUUUAUGAAGUUGGAGUCGGCGGAGAGUAUGAUUCUACGAACAUCGUGGAUCAGCCGGCUGUGACGGGGAUCUCUACGCUUGGAAUUGAUCAUACGUUUACGCUGGGUGAAACUAUCGACAAGAUUGCGUGGCAUAAAGCUGGCAUUCAGAAGAAAGGAGCCCCGUCUUUCAGUGUGCCGCAAUUACCAGCUGCGAUGAAAGUCGUUGAGAAGCGAGCCGAGGAGAGAGCUGUCAAGUCUUUCGGUGUCGUUGGACUUGACCGACGGUUGGGUGGCGUGAAGAUCCGCCCCGAUGCACCUUUUCAAAAAUCGAACGCGAGCCUCGCAAUAGCUCUGACCGAAACGCUUCUCAGGAAGCUAGAUCCCAAGUUUCAAAUCGACUCUGAGCUACUGCCCGAGGAGUUUGUGGACGGACUCGAGCAAGUGGUCUGGCGAGGAAGGUGCGAAAAGAAGGUUGAAAGAAACAUCACCUGGUAUUUGGAUGGUGCACAUACAGCAGACAGUAUACUUGUCGCUACGAAGUGGUUUGGGGACGAAAUUAUCUCAAAACCCGGGCCUCGGGUUCUCAUAUUCAACCAACAAGGACACCGCGACGCUGUUGACCUUCUAGAAGGACUCUUCAAAGCGGCUUCAUCACAAAAUAGAAUCAAUUUCGACCAUGUCAUAUUCUGUCCUACAGUCCCGGCCUCAAAAUCUAAUAAAGAUCAGGUCAAUCUCUCCACCGAUGCAGCAGCUCUGGCUGGGCUUACAAUGCAGAGGACCUUUGCAGAUAUGUGGCGAACUCUGGACCCAUCUUUUGCUACUCAGAUCCAUGUUUUGCGAAGCGUCGAGGAUGCCUUUGAGUAUGUCCGUCAAGUAGGCACCAAGAGCAACGCUGAAGAUGGACCGGAAGAGGUACAUGCGUUCAUUACUGGAAGUGUACAUCUAGUUGGUCGCGCUCUUGGGAUACUCGAAGACGCGGAUGCUUUGUAG